AUGAUUUCUACUCCUGUACGGUCAGGCAAACUCAGUUCAAGAAGACCUUUGUUUCCAUCUACACUUAGUCCAGUAAACUCUGAAAACUCUCCAUGCCCCUCUGUGAAUUGUUCAUCAGGUUUUGAAACAGAUGAUGAGAGUAAUGAAGAUCAAGAACCUAGAAGAACGGCUGACUUGAAGACUUUACUGACUACACUAGAUGAAUCUGACCAGUCAUCUGAAGAUGAAUACCGAUAUGAAAGUGACACUGAUUGUACUUCAUCUGAUGAUGUUGAUGAGCUUGAUGCCAGUUAUCUGGAUGACAUAACCUUGUCCCCAAGCACUCACCAGGCUUCAUCACAUGACAUUGUCGAUGUCACAACCUCACCUGUCGGAAGCAAGGAAGUUCUGGAUGAUCAGUUGACUGUAGAGGAGAUGAUUAUCCCAACGGUGAGAGUGUUUGUUAGAGAGGAUACAUGUAAAUUGCUUAUAGUGUCAUUCUGA